AUGCUCCUUACCAAGAAUAAUGCUGCUCUUUCCGUAUUAUUUUCUGAUUUUGGACAAAUAAUGUCAUACUCCAAUUCUGAGGUCAUAUUCGGCUCAUCAAACUUCCAAAAUUGCGCUAAAGAACUCCAGAUAUGUAUGGAUAUUCAACUAAUUAAGCAGUGUAUGGCCAUUGGAAAAAUUGUUGUACUGGUGAAUUGUGAACAACUCUAUGAGAGCUUGUACGAUUUAUUUAAUUUACAGUAUAUAGAAUAUGAUGAGAAUCGCGUUGUUGCAAUCUCCUUAGGAACUUACAGCAGAAUUUGCUCGGUUCACAAAAACUUCAGAGUCAUUGUAAUUGUAGAUCAGGAUGAUGCAUAUACACGAUUACCAAAACCACUUCUCAAUCGAUUUGAAAAGCAAACACUUCACAGAGAGGAUUUAUUCGACAAGUACUCCUCAGCCAACUUGCGAGCAGUUUUAUCAAAACUUCAGAGUUGGGUAAAAUCAACCUUUGAUGAAGAUGAAAGACCAUUUGUUAACACUCACAAAUCUCUACUCCAUUCUUUGGUAUUGUCAUUGGACUCGAAACAAACAGAAGACACAACGUUGCAUGACUUUCUCCUAAGUCAAUGCAAGAAUUUAUUGCUGUGGAUCACCACAACUGAUGCCAUAAUUAGAAUGUCUUCAAAGAAUUUAAGAAAUAAGGAGUAUGCUAGAAUGUAUUUCGAACAGCAAGAGCAUAGAGAUCUCUUUAAAUUUUCUCAGUACUUGUUUGAAGCAAUGCAGUCACAACAAAAAAGCGGCUUAUCGAAUCCUCUGAUUUUUAAUGGAUACUUCCAAGUCUGUGUACUGACUUAUUCGUCAGUUUCUAUGGACUGCAGCUCUCUGAUCAGCACUGAUCGAGUUGAAUAUGUAGAGACCUUGAGUUUGAGCGACUUAAAAUCAGAUAUUGGAUUAUCAGAAAAACUGAAACAAUACUUUGAAAAGCCAGUUUCAACGCAAACUGCACAGCAUGUAUUAAUCAUUCAGUGUGAGAUUGUGAAUUUUGAUUUGUUAAAUCAAACCAAGUUCAUGAUUCAAAAACAAAGAACAUGUUCUGGGAUACUCAAUACUCAGGGAAAGAAUGUGCUUCUAAUUGUAAAUGUUGUUCCAGGAAAGUCCAACACGACUCAAUAUUUAAUUGAGUUUGACACACCAUGGAAGUAUGCAUUUAUAGAUGAAAUUAGACCUAUGCAGCAUUCCAUCUAUGACAUUUUAAAUAGACCUUUUUCUGAGCAGAUACAACUUGCAAAUGUUCGACAAAUUAUUAGCAAUAACUUCAGAACCGCAUUGGCUCUGUUAAGGAAAACCAACACCAAAAUUAAUGACAUUACUGUACUAAUUUCGAGAACCAAAGAACUUCUAGACAACGAAGACUGUUGGAAAGUAAUUCAACCAAAAAUCAUGGAGAUUUGUUUUGACUACUUCUCUCAGAAUCAGACAAAUUAUUAUUCGACCUUUGUUGCUCAACACAUGCAAGAAUAUUUUCUGGUAGCAAACACUUAUUAUUCUGCAAUCCAAUAUUGCAUUGAGAGAAUAUUAAUCAAAUCAUUUACAUAUCUUCUUGCAGAAUUGGAGAGAAACAACAAUCUGGAUUUGUACUUUGAAUUUAAGAAGGCAAACAGAACGGAUGGAACAUCACUUUGGCUUCGACUAUUGAGCGAUAUGAAACGUCCAUCCAUUACGAACAUGUUCACCAAGUAUGAUCAGGCCAACUCUUCGGCAGAAUUACUUCGUUGGAAACCCAUAGAAGUGAAAAAUGAUGGAAACAAUAACAGAAUAUUCAAAUGUCGAUUCCCAUUUUCCUUUGAAGUUUGUAGAUAUUUACACAGCUUGAGAAGCAUUUGUGAGAGCUCACGUUUUGGUGUUACUACAGCACUUCAAAAUCAUAUCAACAUGUUGUAUCCAUUCCUUAAUAACUUGCCAAGAGAAUUUUCAGAAUUCUUUAUCUAUGACUACAUGUGUAUGUUUGGAGAACAAUGUACAGUUCUAACGAAUGAAGUUCAAUAUGAAAUUCUCAAGAAAAUGCUCGAGACAGAGCAUAACGAUUCUAGCGAUACAAAUAGUCAUAUUGCCAAUGCGCUUUCAUUCUACUGGAAGCAAGAACGAAGAUUACAGGCUUACUAUGUACUCUUUGAGACGUUCCCCAAGUCCGUUCUUCAAAAGAAAUUCUUACAAAAGCUCCUUGUUCCUUCAUUGAGAGUGACAUCCGUUGAGGAAAUUGAUAUAUUACUAUUCAGCGUGAUUUAUCAUAAUUUAGAUCCAAGAAAGGUUGAAAUUUCAUAUGAUCCUGUUAUCACAAAACAACGAAGAAUGAUUUGGGUAAAAACAUUGACUGACAUCAAGGGUCCUGUAGAGGUAUUAACGAGUUUGAUGCGAAAUUCUGGAUCAUCCAUGUUAAAUAAUAUUGGAUUCAUUCAUGAGAAAUGGAGAAAGCUGCAAUUCUACAAGGAGUAUCUUCAAGAGAUUGCCAUUCCUUUGGGAAUUGUUAAAGAUAUAUCCAUGAUUUUGUGGCAAAAUAUGAAAACCAAACCUCUCUCUUCGAUCAAUAGUUUGGAAUUAAUUCUGUACUUCCUUGACUUGGUUAGCAAGAUUGGAGAUAAUCAAAAAUCGACCACGAUUGACACCAGAAAAGCCAAUAUUUCACGAUUUUUCGAAAUGUUUACCUCCAAGUUCCUUAUAAGACCCAUUGGUAAAGAUGAUGAGAUUGACAAAUCAUUUUACUCCGUGUUAGUCAGUAUUGUGAAAGGAGAUAAUGAAAAGUUUAAACAGGUCAUGAAAAAUCCAACUCAAAAUCUUAAGGUUAGCAUUUUGAAGAAGCUCCUUCUCAACAAACAAACCAAAGUGCUUGUGAAUUCCGAGCUGAGAGAAAUCGUCAAACAAGAAUUGGGAAUAUCGGCCGUAGCAUCGAUCAAUAGCUCAGCAUCUCUCGACCAGAGCACAUUUUACAGUUAUUUGUGCAUCUAUGAAUCGGUUCUUCAGAGUAUUCCUGAGGAGCAAAUUUCCAAAUUAAUUUCCUCUAUUUCAGAGUCGAUUCUUGAUGUCCAUACUUGGAAAGAUAUAAUCAAGGAAGUACAAUUACUGGCUGUUAUUAGAACAUCUUUAUCCUCAUUUGCAGACAGAUUAAUUGCUGCAUCUGAAAAAGGAGAAUCCAUACGAGCCAUCAUUGGAUCAAACACCAUCUACCAACAGUUAUUGACUCUUCUCGAUAAGCCCAGUUUCAAUUUCCUGCGAUUGGUACUCCUUCGAUUGGUUGUCGAAAGGAAGGGCAGAGUCUUUUACUGA